UCCAUUUUGCCGCCAUCUCUGCAAAACCCUCUUCUUAUUAGAACAUGGCAGCAAACGACGCCGUUCUCCUCCGCUCGUUGGAGCUCUGCCUCCUCUGCUGCUCCAUACCAUCCGAUACGGUCGCACCGCGGCCUUCCAACCCCAAUUCUCAAACCAAUUUCAUCACCUCCACUCUCUCCUAAACGACCCUGUCUAUCUAAUAGAAUCUGGCGACUAUCUUAAAGCCAUCGCCUCCUCCUCCGCUUUUCAAGCCCUAUUUUCCUAUAAAGCAUUGCUUGUGAUGGCGAUCGCGGUUGCUUCUUUGCUUCUCUUCAAUCAGUCUAACUUUACUGGGCCAUCAGUGAACAUUCCUUUGAUGCCGCUUGCAGAAUUGUUGAUCCUUGAGCAUAAUGGGAAACAUGGGCACAAAAGGAACUCGUGUCUGUUGGUGGUUGUGACCUUUGUGCAAAAUUCUCUAACUUGCAGAAUUAUGCUUGAGAUUAAAGGACGCGCAGUGAUUAGCCAGUCAGAGUCUUAUGUGCCAAAUAGUGAUAGCAGUCAUACUGACCCUGUCAGUGGUAUGCCAAUGGGACAAAUGGUUUGAAAAUUGACUCUACCAGAAGUCGGGAAGCCACCUGAUUGAAUUGAUUGGGAAAAUCUUCAGACAGAUUGUUCAAGGUGGCACAAGCUGAAAGGAGAUCUAGCAAUGUGCUCCGAGACUCUACUUAAGCAAGUUAGAUCAUACCAAGGAUCUGAUUUGUGGAAAGACAAGGAUAGGUUUGUGAAAUUUGCAAAUGCUUCCUUGGACCUGUGCAAGGUGUAUCAGGAACUUGCUUUUAGAGAAAUGUUUGCUGCCGAUAUGCAUUUGAAGAGUACAAUAAAACAAGCUAUAGAUCUUUCUAACACUAGAGAAUAUAGAGAUCUUGUAGCUUGCCUUGAAGACGUACAAGGGGCACUGAAAGCUACAUUAUUGCCUGGUGCACGAAGCUUCUGCUCAGCCUUUCCUGUAUCUCUAUGAUAUACGCACUCAUGUGUGAGUGGAGGGGUAAGAUGGUGUGAGAAAGUCCAUAUAAUUUACAGUUCUGUCAAGACUGAAAUGGGUUCUCAUUGGCUCAAGCUUGGACUCAACCAGGUACGCUUAGAACUUGCGCUUAAACAGAGUGCUUUUGUUUUAUGUAUGCAUUAGCUUGUGCUUCAGUAGAGUCUUACAUGGAAUGCAGUCUAGAUUAACAAAACAUAAUUUGCAAGACUUAAUGAGGUUCUUCGAAAGGAAUGAGAUUGUAGAAUGAUCACUUGUAGAUUCAUAAUUUAGACAUAGUUUUGGCAUCUGAUAAAUAUCUUAUGAUUUUGAUGUCUUCCUCAUCAAAACUCAGUUAGUGCAGUCUUAUAAAUGCUGUCAGAGCCCCCGGCAAAAGACUUCCUUUCGGAAGCUGCUUCAGAGACCUGUGACUGAGCCUGUGUGAGCAGAUGGUUCCCUCCAAAUAUAAAACCAUAUAUAUAUAUGUAAGAAAAGUUGGAGGCAGAAGAAAAAUAUCCCAAAUGCUCCCCUUAUUGUUGAAGAUCAGAGUUUGACCAUAAAUGUGAAAUACUAUAAUAGAUACCAGAUUCUUUGUGCUAUGGAUUUACUUCAAAUCAUUUUCUGCGAAUCGACACCAACACCUUUGGA